AUGGAUGCAGGGACAUUGAAGCUGCUCGUGUCAUUCAUGUAUGGCUGCACCAUGGAGCUCCCUAAAGAAAAUCGCAAGAAACAUGGAUUUGCUCUUCUGGAAGCGGCACACAAGUACAACGUGCCUGAGCUGGUAGAUGAGAUGGAUCGCCAGUUGUCCACAUUGCCGGUUGAAGAGGGGACUCUCCUCAAUGACUUGAAAUUUGUGGACAACCUUGGAGCUGAACGAACUAUGAAGGCCAUGGUUAUCUACCUGGUGCAUAAAAUGGCUGAGGGGGAAAGCAAGAAGCUUAUUCAGGAAAUGAUCAAGAGUAGUGACAGCCACGACCGAGAGUUGGCAGCUUAUGUUGUUGCUGCCUUCUUAGCCGCAGCAGCCGCCGCACGUCGUGCUGCCUCUUCCUUCCUCUGCCUCUCCACCUCCUCAGGACCUCCAGUCACCGACCCGCCUCCGCCACCUGACCCACCUCCGCCACCUGACCCACCUCCGCCACCUGACCCACCUCCGCCACCUGACCCACCUCCGCCACCUGACCCACCACCAGGAGCAGUGCCGUUCGUUGACGUGCCAGACGAACCGCCGCCUUCGGUGCCAGGGGCAGUGCUGUUUGCUGCUGACGUGCCACCACUGCCAGAUGAACCGCCUUGA